AUGCAUCGCACAUACUCUAUGCGCCAGUCGCGCGCUCCCACUGCUUCGCAGCUCCAGACCCCCCCUCCCCCUCCUUCGUCCACCAAGUCGGGACGUCUUUUCGGCAAGGGUAGCUUCGGCCAUGCCCUCCGCCGCAAUGCCGGUGGCGCUUUCGGCCCCGACCUGGCCAAGAAGCUUUCUCAGCUCGUCAAGAUGGAGAAGAACGUCAUGCGCAGUCUCGAGACUGUCGCCAAGGAGCGCAUGGAUGUCGCCCAACAACUCUCCGUCUGGGGCGAGGGUGCCGACGAGGAUGUUUCCGACGUCACCGACAAGCUCGGUGUCCUGCUGUACGAGAUUGGCGAGCUCGAGGAUCAGUACGUCGACCGCUAUGACCAGUACCGCAUCACCAUGAAGAGCAUCCGCAACAUCGAGGCCUCUGUGCAGCCCAGCCGUGACCGCAAGCAGAAGAUCACCGACCAGAUUGCUCAGCUCAAGUACAAGGAGCCCAACUCCCCCAAGAUUGUUGUCCUCGAGCAGGAGCUUGUCCGUGCCGAGGCCGAGUCCCUCGUUGCCGAGGCUCAGCUCUCCAACAUUACCCGCGAAAAGGUCAAGGCUGCCUACACCUACCAGUUCGACGCCCUCCGCGAGCACUGCGAGAAGGUCGCCAUCAUUGCCGGCUACGGCAAGCACCUCCUUGAACUCAUUGACGACUCCCCUGUCACCCCUGGUGAGACCCGCGCCGCCUACGAUGGCUACGAGGCCAGCAAGGCCAUUAUUCAGGACUGCGAGGACGCUCUCACCAGCUGGGUCAGCUCCAAUGCUGCCGUCUCUUCCAAGCUCUCCACCCGCUCCCGUGGUCUGUCCCAGCGUCGCCGCAACAACAUCCGCAACCGCGGUGAGGGACACGACUUGUCCAAGCAGGAUGCUCCCCUCGACAACGGUUCUUGGCGCGAGGAGUCCGAGGAAGAGGAAGAGGAGGACCUCGACUCCGAUGCUGGCCUGAACGGCGAGCACCGCGGCCGCACCCAGGAGGCUGUCGCUGCCUAA